ACAGACGUUCUCACUACGAUGUGUGCCAGCGGUUGGUCACAUCCGGUGGUAUAUAUGUUGCCACGAGUUAGCGGCGAAUUUGGAGAGUGUCCAUUUUGAGCAGCGAGUCGGUGUCUCUGGUAUUUCCCCGUAAAUCUCUUGAAGAGCCCACCGUCACAAUGUCAGACACUGAGAAUCUGCUCAUGGAGACAUCGGAGCAGAACGGCAACGAGGGAGAGGAGGACCAGAACGGAGCCGAGCAGGAGCUGAUGGGAGGAGGAGAAGAAGAAGAAGAAGAAGAAAGCCAGGACAACGGCACAGACGGAGGCAAGAUCGAUGCUAGCAAAGGAGAGGAGGAUGCAGGUAAAAUGUUCGUGGGCGGCCUCAGCUGGGACACGAGUAAAAAAGACCUGAAGGAUUACUUCAGUAAGUUUGGCGAGGUGUCGGACUGCACCAUCAAGAUGGACUCCAGCACCGGCCGAUCCCGGGGCUUCGGCUUUGUCCUCUUCAAAGACCCCGCCAGCGUGGACAAGGUGCUGGAGCAGAAAGAACACAGACUGGAUGGACGUCAGAUCGACCCCAAGAGGGCGAUGGCCAUGAAGAAGGAGCCCGUCAAGAAGAUCUUUGUCGGAGGUUUGAGCCCUGAGGCGACCGAGGACACCAUCAGGGAAUAUUUCGGCGCUUUUGGAGAGAUUGAAACCAUCGAGCUCCCCAUCGACCCCAAAUCGAAGAAAAGGAGGGGUUUUAUCUUCAUCACAUACAAAGACGAAGCGAGCGUCAAGAAGUGUCUGGAGAAGAAAUACCACAACAUCCAGGGCAGCAGGUGUGAGCUGAAGAUCGCCCAGCCAAAGGAGGUGUAUCAGCAGCAGCAGCAGUACGGAGGAGGACGCGGUGGCGGUUAUGGCGGCCGGGGAGGCAGGGGCCGUGGAGGUCAGAACCAGGGCUGGAACCAGGGCUACGGAAACUACUGGAACCAGGGCUACGGUAACCAAGGCUAUGGCUACAGUGGAUACAGCGGCUAUGGCAACUAUGACUACUCUUCUGGUUACUAUGGAUACGGUCCCGGAUAUGAUUACAACCAGGGCAACGCCAGCUACGGGAAAACCCCAAGACGGGGGUCACACCAGAGCAACUACAAGCCAUACUGAUGAUCACAUGGUAUUGCAAGGACUCCAGUGAUCCUGCUGAACGGGCACACUGGGCUGAACUCGACCUCUUUUAUGACAGAAGACCAUUUGUACAGAAAACACCUGAAAUGUAACUUUUCCAUGUUUGGUUUUGUUUUGUUUGGUUUGUUUUUUUUUUUUUUUUUUUUUUUUUUUUAAAUCCUAUCAUUUUUAAGUUUUAUUUUUCCCUUUAGUGUUUUUUUUUUCUCGUCCCUUCCACAUUUCCAUCGAUGGAAGUGUAAUUUUUACUGUACUUUUUGGUACCUGUUUUGAUUCUAAUGUAUUGUAAGGGUUGUAUUUUACAUGUUUGCUGACUUUACAGGUUGAAAAAUCUUGGCGCUGUAAAGGAGCUUUUUUGACAAAUAAAAACAGUUUUCAGUAA